ACCCAUCCGACAUUUCCUUGCCUGUGGCCUUCUGCGCUGGCAGUUGCUACUCCAUGCUCUUUCUAAGGGAUAUAAAUACGAGCAUAUGGUGAAUAGAAUGAUAAAUUCCGAUAAUUAUUGGUAGUGCAUCAUUUAAUAUAUAUUAUAAAGUGAAUCGAUAAUGUUUAAUGGUGAUUAAAAUGGUGGAAAUCGCCUUGUAACUUUUAUUAGUGUACGUUGAUGGUCGUUUGACGCAAUAAUUAGAAACACUAUCGUCAAAUAAACACAAGAACAAUGGGAGAUUCUGAUGACGACGAUAGAGACUAUGAGACUGGAAUGAACAUAACGGGUUUCCUGUUUGGUAACAUCGAUGAAAAUGGUCAGUUGGAGGACGACAUUCUCGACAAUGAUGCCAAGCAACAUUUGGCAUCUCUUGAUCGCCUGGGUCUGGGUUCAUUUUUAAAUGAACUGAUUCCUCAUGAGUCAAAUAAGGAGAAGUUGGAAGAGAAGUUAGAAGUUAGUUCAAAUAUUAAAUUUGAGAAUGAGAAUGAGAACGAUGACAUUGAUUACCAAUACAAGUCGCCAACAGCUGAGGAUUUUUCAGAGAUAAGUGAACUAGCAGAUGACAUAAUCGAGGAUAAUGUUGGAAUGGAGGCUAAGGUGAAAACCGAGAAAGAUUCUACUGAUUAUGAUGCCGAUGAUGAGGACAAUGUAAACAAAUCGGAUAAACAAUUGAUGCCACCGCCUCCAGUACCCGAAGAAAAUGAGUCUUUAACCGCUGAGGAAGCAGAGGCUGCUCGACAACGGAGGCUAGAAACACCUUUAGCAUCAAUGUUACCUUCGAAAUACGCCAACAUCGACGUUACAGAAAUUUUUCCUGAUUUUCGACCGAACAAAGUCCUGAGAUUCUCGCGGCUAUUUGGCCCAGGUAAACCCAGCAGCCUUCCACAGAUAUGGCGAGGAGUUAGGAAACGAAGAAAGAAAAAGAGGCAUCAUGAUACGCGUGAUUCAGACUCUGGUUCAGAUCAAGAUGAUAGGAGAGCCAAGUUUAAAGGUUGGAAGAUGAAUUAUGGCCCAGUGCCUUCAUCCGAGUUUAUUGCUUCUGAUGAUGAAGUCAAAUUACUGACGCCAAUCGAGGAUAAAGAACAAGGAGGAAAGCCUGGAGAGGCCGGGGAAAAUCGGGACAUGGAACCGAAAGUUGCUGACUGGCGUUUUGGGCCUGCACAAAUAUGGUAUGAUAUGUUGGAGGUACCCGAAACCGGCGAGGGCUUCAAUUAUGGAUUUAAAUUGGCUGAAAAAAAGGACCCGCCAACUAAUGAAACAGAGACGCCAGAAGUUGAAGAGGAACCAUUUGCGGACGAUGCAUUUUUAAUGGUGUCCCAAUUACACUGGGAGGAUGAUGUUAUUUGGAAUGGUGAAGAGAUUAAGCAUAAAGUAAUGCAGAAACUUAACAGCAAGAAUAAUUUAGCUGGAUGGGUACCUUCUAGUGGCAAUAGAACAGCCCAAGCAUUUAGUCAACCAGGAAAAGGCACUCCAGUUCCAGUGGGCUCGAAUGUACGCCUAGCAACAUCACAAAUUUCAACACCUCUUCACAUGCAAUCCCAAAAAAAUAAGGCUCCAGGGAAAGGUAACCAUCAACAGCAGAGGGAGGACAAUUACGAUGACACUUGGUAUUCGAUAUUUCCAGUAGAAAAUGAGGAACUUGUUUAUGGAUUAUGGGAGGAUGACGUUAUUUGGGAUGCUGAAAAUAUGAAAAAAAUACCAAAACCAAAAAUACUCACGUUAGAUCCCAACGAUGAAAAUAUUGUUUUAGGAAUUCCCGACGACAUUGACCCUGCUUUACUUCACAAAGAGAAUGGACCAACCCCAAAAGUUAAAAUACCUCAUCCUCACGUAAAAAAGAGUAAACUACUUCUCGGAAAAGCUGGUGUAAUUAACGUUCUUGAAGAAGACGCACCUCCACCUCCACCUAAAUCACCAGACCGUGAUCCCUUCAACAUUUCCAAUGAUAUUUACUACAUGCCGCGAUCCUCUGAAACAACAUUGAGACUGAAAGUUGGUGGUGGAAAUCUUAUUCAACAUAGUACACCUGUCGUGGAGCUCAGAGUUCCAUUUGUUCAGACUCACAUGGGAGCAAUGCGUUUGAGGAACUUUCACAGACCCCCAAUAAGGAGGUUCAGUCAUGGUCCUCUAGCUCAUCCUGGUCCCCACAGUGUUCUUCCUUUACUGAAACAUAUUAAAAAGAAAGCCAAACAGAGGGAGCAAGAGAGAAUAGCUUCAGGGGGUGGAGAUGUAUUUUUUAUGAGAACCUCUGAGGAUUUGACAGGAAAAGAUGGUGAGCUUGUUCUGGUUGAAUUUUCUGAAGAGCAUCCACCAUUGAUGAAUCAAGUUGGUAUGUGUUCCAAAGUCAAAAAUUACUAUAAACGGAAAGCCGGUAAGGAUCAAGGUCCUCAAAAAUAUAAAUACGGAGAGACAGCGUAUGCUCACACGAGCCCAUUUCUUGGUAUUCUCACACCAGGCCAGAGCAUUCAGGCAAUUGAAAAUAAUAUGUACAGAGCUCCAAUUUACGAACACAAGAUUCCCCAGACCGAUUUCCUGGUAAUUCGAACUCGACAACAGUACUUCAUCAGGGAAAUCGAUGCGUUAUUUGUUGCAGGUCAAGAGUGUCCACUUUACGAAGUACCCGGUCCUAAUUCGAAAAGAGCUAAUAAUUUUGUAAGAGAUUUCCUUCAAGUUUUUAUUUACCGACUUUUUUGGAAAUCUCAAGAUACUCCCAGGAGAAUAAAAAUGGAUGAUAUAAAGAAAGCAUUUCCCUCCCAUAGUGAAAGUAGCAUCAGAAAACGUCUAAAAUUAUGCGCUGAUUUUAAAAGAACUGGAAUGGACUCCAACUGGUGGGUGAUAAAACCAGACUUUCGUCUGCCUAGUGAAGAGGAAAUUCGCGCGAUGGUAUCGCCAGAACAGUGCUGUGCCUAUUUCAGCAUGGUUGCUGCUGAACAACGUUUGAAAGAUGCUGGUUAUGGGGAAAAAUUUCUCUUUACUCCACAAGACGAUGAUGAUGAAGAAAUGCAGUUGAAGAUGGAUGACGAGGUUAAAGUAGCUCCUUGGAAUACGACACGGGCAUACAUUCAAGCAAUGAAAGGAAAAUGCUUACUGCAAUUGGCGGGACCAGCAGAUCCGACUGGAUGCGGCGAGGGAUUCUCCUACGUCAGAGUGCCUAAUAAGCCAACAAUUAGUAAAGAAGAGCAAGAGGCUCAGCCCAAGAGAACAGUCACUGGCACAGAUGCUGAUUUACGAAGAUUAUCGCUGAACAAUGCAAAAGCACUUCUUCGAAAAUUUGGAGUGCCUGAGGAAGAAAUUAAAAAAUUGUCGCGUUGGGAAGUUAUCGAUGUUGUGCGAACUCUUUCAACAGAAAAGGCUAAAGCUGGUGAAGAAGGAAUGACCAAGUUCUCGAGGGGAAAUAGGUUUUCCAUUGCUGAGCAUCAGGAAAGAUAUAAAGAAGAAUGUCAAAGAAUUUUUGACCUUCAGAAUCGGGUUCUCUCGUCUGCUGAAGUACUCAGUACUGAUGAGGGUGAGAGUUCAGAUGAGGAUAGUUCAGAUAUAGAAGAAAUGGGUAAAAACAUCGAGAAUAUGCUAUCAAAUAAAAAAACAAGCUCGCAGCUUUCAUUGGAAAGAGAAGAACAGCAAAGACAGGAGUUGAGAAAAAUGUUGAUGGGUGAGACUCAAGAACAAGAGGGUAAAAAAACAAAAGAGAAGAAGAAGGAUGACGAAGAGGACAGUCGGGAUCACGGGCAGGGAUUUAAUGCUCAGCCAGGUCGGGUAUUGAAGAUUUACCGAACAUUCCGAGAUCCUGACGGAAAGGAAUAUACUCGGGUGGAAAUUGUACGAAAGCCCGCAGUCAUUGACACAUAUAUUAAAAUACGAAACUCCAAAGAUGAAACAUUUAUUAAACAGUUCGCAACUCUUGACGAACAACAAAAAGAAGAGAUGAAGCGAGAAAAACGAAGACUCCAGGAACAAUUAAGGCGAAUCAAGAGGAAUCAAGAGCGUGAUAAAUCGCAUGGCUCUAGCACCUCUUUCAGCAAUUUCCCUUCUAAUUCUAGCAUGCUCGAUCGUAGCAAUACCAAUACUCCAACUACUGCAUUAACCAGUAUCCUUCCUUUCAAUAACUUCCCAUCCACUUCCUUAAGUUCUAAACAUCCCAAAUCUGAGGCAGCUUCAUCUAAACGUAAAAAGCCUAAACUUAAACCAGAUCUGAAGUUAAAAUGUGGUGCUUGUGGCAAUGUUGGACAUAUGAGGACCAAUAAGGCCUGUCCACUCUAUCAGAAUAGCUUGACAACUACUCCUGUCAAUGUGGCCAUGACUGAGGAGCAGGAGGAAGAAAUAGAGAAGCAACUAAACACUGAUGAUCAAGAUCUCGUUAAUGUUGAGGGUACUAAAGUUAAAUUAUCAUCAAAACUCAUCAAACAUGCUGAAGAGAUGAAGAGACGAACACUUCUCCUGAAGGUCCCUAAAGAAGCAGUUAGUGCUAAGAAGCGGCGGAGAGCAAUAGGAGAUGAUCACUGCGACUAUCUGAAGAAGCAUCAGCGACCGGCAAAUCGACGUAGAACUGAUCCUGUGGUUGUCAUGUCAACUAUUCUGGAGAGCAUUCUUAAUGAAAUGCGUGAUCUCCCUGACGUUCAACCCUUUUUAUUUCCAGUAAGCGCGAAAGCUGUGCCAGAUUACUAUAAAAUUAUCCAACGUCCCAUGGAUCUCCAAACCAUCAGAGAGAAUCUUCGACAGAAGAAAUAUCAGAGCAGAGAGGAGUUUCUGGCAGACGUCAAUCAAAUCGUUGAGAAUUCAAAUUUAUACAAUGGGUCAAAGAGCUCUCUAACUGUUGCGGCAAAGCGAAUGCUCGACACAUGUGUGGAAAGACUUGGAGAAAAAGAAGAUAGACUAAUGAGAUUAGAAAAGGCGAUAAAUCCUCUUCUUGAUGACAACGAUCAAGUGGCACUUACAUAUAUCCUUGAUAGCGUCAGUAGUAAACUCAAAACGAUGGCUGAAGCUUGGCCUUUCCUUAAACCCGUAAACAAAAAGUUGGUCAAAGAUUAUUAUAAUGUAAUAAAAAGACCGAUGGAUCUUGAAAGCAUUUCUAAAAAAGUAAUUACACAUAAAUACCACAGUCGUCAAGAAUUUGUGCGAGAUGUCGAACAAAUUCUUGAAAAUUGUGUUCAAUACAAUGGAAAGGAUUCAACGUUUACGAGGAACGCGGAAGUGCUAGUAAAAAUUUGCAAAGAGACAUUAGACGAGUACGGCGACCACGUCACUCAACUCGAAAAUAAUAUAUCUCUCGUUCAGCAACGCGCAAUGGAGCAAGCUGACAUGGACUCCUCGUGGUUGGGUCCUGAAGAGGAGAAUUAUACUAUUGCGGAGCCAGAAUAUCGAAGCAGCCAAACGAAUUCCCCAGACAAUCCGUUCGGCAAGUCCAGCAUGGAUGAUUUCGACUUUGUCGAUGUUGAAGGUGAUAUGGAGACUGAACUUAGCGCGAAAAAUGUGGAUGCGAAAAAAAAAGAUGUUCUCGAAGAGGAUUUACAAUUCUCCAGUGAAGAUGAGUUUGAUGAAGUUCCAUUCACGGCUGACGAGCAGGGAGAGUCUGGAGAUUUGGAAGCACUUGAGCUCGGUGGAAUGAGAGACUGUGGAGAGGUCGCUGCUGAUGAUGAUAGUCAACAAGCUGCUGAAGCAAUGGUGCAGUUGGGAAACGUUGGUUUUUACGUUGGGGAACAGCAAUUGAUUCAGCAAGAAGAGAGCAUGGAUGUCGAUCCUAAUUAUGACCCCUCAGAUUUUCUCCUAGCUGGUUUACCUCCUAGAGCAGAAAAAGUCAGUACUGAUAAAAUUCAGGAUGACUUGGCAGUAUCUGAGAGUGAUGAGGAACAUGAAAAUGCUACUGGGCAGAUCAAGCAGGAGAUUCCGCCGUCCAGUCAAGCUGAUGAGGAAAUGGCUGGAGAUCUAUGGUUUUAGAUGUGAGUUAAUAUUGAAAUUUAUCCAUUAAAAAAGAGUGUAUUCCUUAUAUUACUUCUAAUCAUUAUCUAUUUGAAAAUAAUAGGUAUUGAUUUUCUAUACUUUUACAAUGAAAAAAUGAGAAAUCGCUAGAUUUCAAUAAUCAUGAUUAACAAGAUUUAAUAACGUAGAAGUGGGCAAUUUGCAAUUGUAUUAUAUUAAUAUAUUAAUUUAAUGGCAUACAUUGUAAUUAAUAUGUAAGAUUAAACGAUGGUUUUUUUGUGUUCUUCUCAAA